UCAAGUGCUUAGCGAGAGUGAAAUCCGGCUAUUUUUGGAGCCAUUUUCCACUGAAUUGAUGAUAUUGUGCACGUUCGUGCGCCAAGGGAUUAAUCUGCGCCCAUCCCAUGGGCAGAAACUGGGCGUUUUGAGGCGAAAAGUGCAUUUUUUUGAAGGUUCCGAACAAGCCGGCCACGAUGUAUAUGGACGUUUUAGCGGCCGCUCUUGUGCUUUUCCUGUCGCUCGUGCUGAUUGCGAACAAAAAAGAGCCGAAAAAGCUGUUCGGCAUCUACAGCCAGCCGGGGAAAUGGUACUUUAUCAAGUACCCCCUGAUUUUAACGUUGCUAGUAGUGCGGAGGCUUAAAUUCUACAUCGUGGGCAAAGAGGGCCUGCUUGACGUGAAGGAGCUGGAUAAAAAGCAGGAACUUUCAGAGCAUCCUUUGUCUUUCGACGCUGUUUUCUUCCACGGAGCAUCCCAAGAGGGAGUCUACUUGGUGGCUGGGGCCGAGAGACAUCACGAGGGCGUGAUCAACGGCCUGAUGUACAUCCAGCAUCCCGACUUCGGGCUGCUGAAGAGCUUGAAGCUGCCCCACACCACAUUGCUUGAAGACCCCGAAUCGAUCUUGGCAGGCAAGGAAUGGGCGGCUGAAGGAUUGAGAUUCACCCCAGAAGAACCCAUGAAGCGAUGGGACGUGGCUUAUAACGGGCAAAUGCGAAGCAGCGACGGUAAGCUGGUGCAAGUGGAAAUGCAAGAAAAAUGGGUCAGCGACAUGCCCUGGUUCCUGUACGAGCUGGAACUUCCGGCCAAAAUGCUCGCGCGCUCCAUUGCACGAGAACCAUGGAGCGAGCAACUCUUCGAAACGUUAAAAGAGGCCAAUCAAACGCAUUACGAACAAAUGGGGUUCAUGGAAGGCACCCUGAAAGUGGAUGGCAAGGAAGUGCCCCUGAAGCUGGACUCUUUCCGGGACCACAGCUAUGGCAAACGCAACUGGAGCCUGAUGCAUCGCUACAUCUACCAGAUGUUCUACUUGGAAAAUCAGACGCGCAUCGUUCUGGGGCUGAUUUCCCAGCCCUCUACAGGCUCCCACUACGAAAUGGGGUAUGUGGUGCACGCCAAUGGGAAGAUCGACCCCAUAAUCAGUUGCGAUUUGCGGCUGUGGCAACAAGGCGAAAGCGGCCUCCCAACUGAUGAGCUGUGCUUUACCUUUGAGGCAGGAGAACAUAUCUACGAAUGCAAGUCGAAAUACCACAAGACAGUGGCGCACUUUGUGGGCAACAACGAGCAGGUGAAGAUGUACGAGCGGUUUGGGGGCUGCGAAGUCAAUGGGGUGAAAGGGCAGGUUAUUUCCGAGUGGAACUACAACGCAACCAGUGGAAAGUUCGACCUGGACCAGUACACGUGCUGACGAUUGUUGAUUGAGACACAAUAAAAGGUUUUAGAGAG